AUGCUGAGAGCACACCAAGACCAAGAGAAUCUGGUCUCCAUCCACCAGGCCAAUGCUGCCACCAAGCAGCAAGCCACAGUCAGAGCCCUUCAGCCAAAGACUCCUGGAGCCCGAUAUCCCAAGACACCGCUGAAGAUUCCCCUUAAUGAUGAGAACGCAGUGCGUGGCCUUGGGGGGAAGAGCGUGCUGGCAAACAAGACCAAGGGAGACCGGGCACAGUGGCAGACACCUGCAGAACCGCGGACAGAACGGCCUGUGCUAGGAGACAAGACAACCAAUACCAAGGCGAGACAGCAAGCCGUCGGCAAGACCCCUGCCAUCAGUGAUAUCGAGAAAAGCCAACUCAAACCCACCACUGUCUCUCGUCUUAAGCCCACAGGCUCCAAAGCGGACGCAUCCAAGCUACAUAUCCUUCAAGACAUUGCCUCUGAUCCGUUGUCCACGGAACCCGACACCAAUCCGCCCCCUCCUGAGCCCCUUCCGUAUGAGUCCGAUGUCUGGCCAGACGGCGUCCUGACCUUCGAUGGCAUCAAGCCUCAGAACCGCCUCAAGGGGCACUUCGAGUACUAUCAUAAUCGGAAGGACGAGAAUGGUAUGACAAGGCUCGACAGAGAGAUGGAGGCCGCUAGGGUGAGGCGUCACAAGGAUGCCGAGGCAAAGAUCAAGGAGGACAUGGAGCAGGGCUUCAAGUGGGACUUGGGACUAUUGGAGUCACCCAAGAAGAGGAAGAUAGUGCCUGCGAAGGAUCCAGAGGCGACGGACAAAACCAUUGUCCGUCCUGGAGCUAUGACAAGAGCCCCAUCAACCGUUACUUCACGACGGGCAGCUUCGGCAUUGGGCAUGGCGGGCAAGACGUCCAUGACGAAUCUCCAGCGAAAGCCCCUGGCUGCCCAAUCGGCCUCAGCUACCAACGCGAGCAAGUUGCCGAGCUUCAUGCAACCCACUAGGGCCAGGCCGGCGCCGCCAUCAGCAGCGGUGACCUCCAGGCCCAAGCCAUCUUCAACGGCAGGCCUCGCUGCCUCUAGAAGCACUCUUGGCUACAGCAAAGGCCGCAGCGCCUCCUCAGCCCUCCACAAUGGCACCGCUCAUGGUCAAGAGCACGUGCGGAGCAGGUCCGAAGCAACUUCGCGCGUCUUCUCCAGGACGGCGAGCUCGGCUAGUGACGCAACCGUCACGCCGGAGUCCUACGCGAAGGAUAAUGCGAUAUCGAAGCCCGAGUUCGUCUCCAUCUUUGAUGUGACCCCCAAGCUUGAUGAAGAUGACGAUGGUGGUCUUUUUGGGAAGGUCGAUGCCAACGGAGAUGAUGAUCUGUUUGGCGCAACCGAGCACGAUGAGGAUGAUUUCCAGCUGGAGUUGAGCCCGUGA